CAACAAUGAUAAUACCACGAAAACUUGCAUGUGUUGAGUUCUUGGCGGUUUUUGAAUUUUAUUUGUUGAUUUUUUUGUAAUCGUUUUCAGUCGAGAAUUAAAAAAUGGCUCAAGGAAUGGUAUUUGAAGACAUUUUCAAUGUCAAAGACAUGGAUCCCAAUGGCAGACAAUUCGAUCGAGUGAGCCGAUUGCAUUGCGAGAGCGAAUCGUUCAAAAUGGAACUGAUCCUGGACAUAAACUCGUGGAUCUAUCCGAUGGAUUUGGGUGAUAAAUUCCGCCUGGUUUUGGCCACAACUCUGCGCGAAGACGGUCAGCCGGACGCCGGCGAAUGGAACCCCGUGGAAAUGGAACAGAACGGUUGCAGGGCCGACAGUUUCGAGUACGUGAUGUACGGUAAGAUUUACCGUAUCGAAGGCGAAGACACAGCAAAGGAAUCCCACAAGAACAAACUCGCCGCCUACGUGUCGUUUGGAGGACUUUUGAUGCGGCUCUUGGGCGACCCCAAUAACUUGCACGGUUUUGAAGUGGACCAGUGUGUGUACUUGCUGAUGAAAAAAUUAGCUUUUUAAAAUUGC